AUGGUUGGAUUCAAGACUGAUUUCAUGGUGCGAUCCUUUGACGAAUCUAUCGUAACCAGUUAUCCAAAACCUGAAGCUGUUGUUCAUUGGACCCAUGCAGCUACAUGUGAAUGGUUACGAAAAAUCGACCUUGCCGAAUUCACACCGAAUUUACUGUGCGCCGGUACACCAGGUGCUCUCAUGGUUUACGAACCUACCUUCACUGCCGAGACCUUGGCGGAAAUUCUGCAAAUGCCACCGCACAAAACGUUGUUACGAAGGCAUCUCACGACGCACUUCAAUCAGCUGCUCGGUCAGAAAAUUGUAGCUGAAAAGAGAGACGCUCUGGCGAUGGGUGGCCUCCCUCAGCUUGUUCCGAAUAUGAGAAUAAAGAUCACGAAGAAAGGGCUGUCGCUACCGCGUAAAAAGUCCAAAUCUGAGCUGUGUAUCGAUCCCAACGAGUUAUUAUGCCCAGAAGCUCUCAAUCACAAGUAUCCAUCACUGAGUCAAACGUAA